AUGAAUGAAUCAAUGCAAACCCAGAGCAUAAACACCCAACCUCAGUCCCCCAACCAGACCUAUAUACAUGAAUCUUUAGAACACAUCGAUCAAAACAGUUCAGAACACAACCACGAGUUUGCUUCAGUUAGUAGGAAACAGAAAGGAAAACAAAAAGAAGAC